AUGGCGUCCCAGUACAAUGUCCACGAGUAUGACUCCGAGGCCGAGCGCAGAAAGUAUCCUCUCGUCCAGAUGGAGAACCUAACAUCUGCCGCUCUGUAUUUUACUGGAAAGCUCAAUUCUAAAAACAUCGCAUCCUCGCUCUGGGGCGGGCUUGCCGUCAAAGUGCUAGGGGGAACACGCGACACGCGCAAUGUCGAUAUCAUUUUUCAGGCGCGGAUGGAGGACGUAUGGAAGAUCGUGCAAACUGAACGUCGCCUGAUCAUCCCUAGCACCAAGCCGGGUGGAGCGACGGUCAAAAUUUUUGUUCAUACGGGCCCCGGCUACGAUGAUUGUGAGCUGAGAGUGCCAGUGGCAGUCAACCUGUGUGAAUCCGGUAUAUCCAUUCCAGUCUUUGUCGCCUUGAUCCCCUUCAUAGUGCUAAGAUACUCGAACGCUAUGUAG